AUGGUAGCUGAAGCAGAGGUAGUGGUUUGUCAGCAGAGAGUCGGCGUCCCGCCGGCGCUGGAUGUUCAGUUCUUUGCUAAAGCAGUGAGUAGCGGCGGUGGCGGCUUGCAUCAGGCUGAUUUAAUCUCGCCGACGAGGUUGACCGGCCCAAUUCGAGUCUCAGACUCGGCUGAUUUGUCGGCCUCUGCAGAGGAUGUUAAGCCCAUGCAUAAGGUUCUGGAUGAAGUUCUUGAUGCAGAAGGAUUGCAAUUUGUUCCCAGCAUCCGCUCUGGUAGUUUUGCUGAUAUUGGUCCUCGAAGGUACAUGGAAGAUGAGCAUAUACGAGUAGAUGAUUUAAGCACGCAAUUGGGCUCAUUGUUCACGUUUCCAAAGCCAAGUGCUUUCUAUGGGGUCUUUGAUGGUCAUGGAGGACCCGAAGCGGCAGCUUACAUAAGGAAAAAUGUCAUGAGGUUCUUCUUUGAAGAUGUCAACUUCCCACAGAGAUCUGAAGUGGAUACCAUCUUUCUUGAAGAGGCAGAAAAUUCGCUUAGGAAAGCUUUCCUUCUUGCGGAUCUAGCUUUGGCAGAGGAGGGCGGUGUGAGCAGCUCUUCUGGGACAACAGCAAUUGCUGCAUUUAUAUUUGAAAGGCUCCUUCUGGUUGCCAAUGCCGGUGAUUGCAGAGCAGUUCUCUGCCGGAAAGGGGAAGCCAUCGACAUGUCUCAAGAUCACCGGCCCAUUUAUCCUUCCGAAAAAAGGAGGGUCGAACAAUUGGGUGGAUACAUCGACGAUGGUUACCUUAACGGUGUGUUAUCGGUCUCACGAGCACUUGGUGACUGGGACAUGAAACUACCCUGUGGCUCUCGGUCUCCUCUCAUAUCAGAGCCAGAGUUCCGUCAAGUGGUUCUCACCGAGGAAGACGAGUUUCUUGUUAUUGGUUGCGACGGUAUUUGGGAUGUCAUGUCAAGUCAGCAUGCAGUGAGUCUCGUCAGGCGUGGACUGCGUCGGCAUGAUGACCCGGAACAGUGUGCCAAGGACCUUGUCAUGGAGGCAUUCCGCCGCAACACCUUUGACAACCUUACUGCGAUCAUUGUCUGCUUCUCGUCCCCUGAUCAUCGGGAACCCAUGUCGCCUGCAAGGCAACGAAGGCCGAGGUGCUGUAGCCUAUCUGUGGAUGCUUUGUGUAGCUUGAGAAACUUGCUGGAUGGGAAUGGCAAUUCUUGA